AGAAAUGAAUCAGCUAAAAGGAGACCAAGAAGAGAUUAAUAUUUUCUCACCAAUAUCAUCUCCUAGUCCUGACCGUCAAGAGGCGAGUAAUAAUAAUAAAAAUCAAAGUUUAGGCUCAAAUCUCUGAGGAUUAAACUGAUGUAUAGAAAGGACUGAUCAAAAUUUCAAGAAUUUCGAUGUCCCAAUGAACCCUAAGCAUAAAAUUAGACUGAAAGCUAAAACUAGGUUUAUCUCAAAUAAAUCUCUCUACUCAAGCCCCCAAGGAAUUGCUUUAAAAUAGCUCGAACACUAUUGAUUAUACAAAACUUCCUCAAAAGACUAACAAAAGUCUUAUGGCUCAAAAUAGUCCUCAAAAUAGCGCUUCGAUGGUCAAUCAGAAGACCAAGAACUUUCUCGACAUCAACAGAAAGAAGGUAGCCAACAAUAAGGCCAAGAUUGCUAAGCGAGGGCUCUAUGACUACCAGAAGAUCACCAGUGAGAAUUAUCAGAGGGAAAAAUAAGCUCCAAAGAGAUCAAAAUAAUCUCCUUGCAGGCUCAUCGAUUGCGAAGAAGAUCAUCCAGAAAAAUGGGGCUAACAUACAGAACUUAAGGAAAAGGAGCCGGGAGAUAUCUAGUGGGGCUCAUAGCAAAAUUGACCACCACCGUGGUGAGAAAAGACGUUGCUCCAAAGAAUUCUCCUCAAAUUCUUCAAUGAGAAGUCGUGGAAAGGGAAUCCCUGACUCAAGCCACCAGAGGCUAAAAUCUAAUCUAAUGAAUAGCUUACAGGAAUAUAUUUCAGCACCUGAUAAAGGAUUUAGCAGUCUGAUUGAGAACGGAACCCAGCGCCAAAAUCGUAAAUUUCAGAGCAAAUAAAGACCAAGAUUUAGUAACAGAGAGGUUGCUUAAGCAUAAGGAAAGAAUUGAGAAUAAGAAAUAAGAUACUUGAGACUACACAGUUAUGUGAGAGAACAGCUAGACAAAAUCUUAGCUCUAAAAUCUCCCAUAAACCGCAGAAAAGCUAUACAUCAAGGUCUAAUUUUAACAAUUUUUACAGGGACCAAGUCAACCGUGAGAUGCUGAGGAAGUUGAAGUUGGCUUCUAAAGCUGAAGAAAAGCGAAGAAGAGAGCUGUCGUUUAACAAACGACCUAAUAUAUCUUCUAAAUCUAGAAAGAUUUCAUCCAGUAUGGGUAGGAAGGGAAAUGUUCAUGAACGUCUCCACCAGACAAGUUUUGAAAGAAAUGAGAGUAGAGGCCACCAUGCGAUGAAUAGUUUCAACUCAAGAUUUAGCUCAGAAGUCCCUUUGACUCAUAGGAAAGGAAAACAGAGGUUUCAUUCAGAUGAAAGAGAAGGCUGCACAUUCCAACCUCAGAUUAGUAAGAGGACCAAACGAAUCCGAAACUCACAAAGUUUUGGGGACCGGCUACUUCAAGAUGCUUACCAGAGGAAGGAUAGGAAGGACUUCACAAGAAAGCAGGAAAUUCAUAAGAUAAAAGAAAACCAGAUGCUUAAGCACUCUUCAAAGUCUUCACAACUUGCUUAUAAGAGGUUCAGCAAAGAUUUUAGGAAAGUUAUUCGAGAAAAAGAACGGAUAAAACAUAAAAUGAACUUCCUGGAUUUAUGAAACCUAAUGAUAGAUCUUCACAUGAUCGAUACUAAGUUACUUAAUACUGACAAAAGUGAAGAAGAGAGGGAGCUGAUCCGAGAAAUUUGGAGGCUGCUUGGAGGAGAAAGUGAUGAAGAUGAAAUCCCUACCAUCAGUGUCAGAAACUUCAUCUGAAUUAUAUUAAACUUUGAUCAGCCUUUCCUCUACUUUCCAGAUUUAGAUUCACUCGACUCGAGCCAAUUCGAUCAAAACACAGUUGGUAUAAUCUCUACUGAAGGAAUAUUCUUCCUACGGGACAAGAAGGAGAUUAAGAAGAUUCACAAAAGCUUCUAUGUGUUUUGCCUGAACAGGUUUAAUAACUUAUCUAGCCAGAAAUCUACCAGAUCAAACUCCUGUAGUAGUAGAGGAUCAUGAGAAAGGAAAAGAGACUUUACUCCCAAAAUUAAUACUAGAUCUAAAAUUAUUGAUAAAAGAAACAACCGCUCAUGUAAUAAGAGACACAACAUGUUGAUCAGCGCUGGAGCUAAGUACAAAAAGCUUAAAAAUCAGAAAGCUCUUGAAAAGAAAUCUAAGGAAUUAAACGGUUGUACUUUCUUCCCAGAUACCGAGAAAUCUACCAAGAAGUUUAGGUCCGAUGCUAGUGACACUGGGCAUAUCAAAAGUUCGAUUAUGUCUGACCAAUCUCUUACUGAAAACAUGAAUUCUGAUAUCCAAAGACUCACUUCUCAAACAAAUGAUAAAUUCUUACAUGAAUUAGCUGGGACCUCUCCUAUUAAUAAAGCUAAACCAAGCAAGAAUGUUUUUAAGCAUAAAUCUCUGGCAUCAUUUCCCUACAAGCCUUUGGCAGGGCUUGCAGCAGAACUGCCUGCUGAUACAGCCCAUGAGGAUAGCCCUCAUGGGCUGAAAAAGCAUGGCAUCAGCCCAAUCCAAGAAGCUCGGAAAGAAAAUGACACUGACGAUGAAGUCAUCUUUAAAACCAACUCUACAUUGGAGGAUCAUCGAGCUUAUAACGGGAUGAACCUAGAUAUGGUGAAUAACAAUAAAACUCUUCUCAAUGACCUUGAGAAGAGCAUAAAAGAGAAUAGCCUAGAGAAAAUUUCUCCUAUUAAAAUAACUAAUCGACAAGGAGAUGUUGAUGAUAUUGACGAUGUUAUUGAUGAUGGCAACGAAAUCAAGAUCAUCGAGGAUCCUCUAACUGAUAGAUAUGAGCAGGAUGAUAAUUAUGAGAAUACUCCUUCAUCUACUCCUAGCAAACAGGUAUCAACCUUCGAUAAUAUCCAGGAUGGUGAAAGCCAAAAUGUUGAGAGCAAAGAACCUUCAAGUCCUUCACAAGCAGUCACAAAUUCCAUCGUAGAACAAGAAGAAGAGGAGCUUUCAGAAGAAGAUUCCCAAAUUCCUUUGCUUUUUGUAGAUGUCAACCUCGGAAAAGGAGUUAUGAAAAGAAUCAUUCUUUACGAAGAAGAUGAUCCAUUAUACAUUGCAGAGAUGUUUGCGAAGGACAACAACCUCGAGCCUAAUAUGAAAGCCAAGCUUGAGACUCUUCUCAAGAAGCAGAUGGAUGGAGUCCUUUCAAAGAUAGUCGAAGAUGAUGAGAAUGAGGAGUCUACUGACAACUAAUAUUCUGAUAUUUUAACAAAUACAAUAGUUA